AUGAUUCUCUAUGCGAGUGUUGUCACCCUUACCUACCUGGCCAGCAUCGCAGAUGCUGUUGCCGGUCCAUUCCAUGGACAUAACUCGUUGGCACGCCCCGAAAUUAAGCCUUGGCCGCACGCCCCUGGAGGUCAUUAUCCCGUCUCGCCUCCUCGCCAUCAUGGCAGAUACUGCUUCGUCGAACCAAGUCAUGGAGGCGAUGAUGCUGGCAAGAUCCUCAACGCCUUCCGCCAGUGCAACUAUGGUGGGACAGUAGUCUUGGACAAGAACUACACCAUUGCAUCCCCUCUGGACUUGACUUUCCUCAAUCAUGUUGAUGUUGCUAUCUUGGGUACCAUCAACUUUAGCGGGGACAUAAACUACUGGAAGGAGCAUUCGUUCAAGUAUGCCUACCAGAAUGCUUCGGCCAUGUGGAAAUUCGGCGGCAGAGAUGUCAAUAUCUUUGGCAAGGGAGUUGGCCGCAUCAAUGGGAAUGGCCAGCCAUGGUAUGAUGGUUUGGCUGUUGAUCCUUUGCUCCAGCGUCCGGUUCUUUUCUUGGUCGACGGGCUUCACGGAGGCUCAGUGACCGGUUUGCGCAUGGACAACCCACCAAGCUGGUUCAACCUCAUCGCUAACAGUUCCAACAUUGUUGUAAGCGAUCUUAACUUGCAGGCUGUGAGCACAAGCGUGAAUCUUGCCAAGAACUCGGACGGAUGGGACACUUAUCGCUCUGAUUCGGUGGUGAUCCAGAACUCGGUCAUCAACAACGAUGACGACUGUGUAUCGUUUAAACCCAACAGCACCAACAUGGUCGUCCAAGGCCUCAAUUGCAACGGCUCACACGGAAUCUCUGUUGGGUCACUGGGGCAGUACCCUGAUGAGUUUGAUAUUGUCGAGAAUAUCUAUGUCUACAAUGUUUCCCUGUCUAAUGCAUCGGACGGUGCCCGCAUCAAGGUCUGGCCUGGUGCGUUCACGAACUUCCAGUCCUCGCUAUCCGGCGGUGGUGGCUCUGGCUACGUCAAAAACGUAACGUAUGAUGGUGUCUUCAACACCAAUAAUGACUGGGCUAUCGAACUUACCCAGUGCUACGGUCAAAAGAACCUGACUCUCUGCAACGAAUAUCCUUCCAACAUGAUUAUUUCGGACAUCCUUUUCAAGAAUAUAUAUGGGACAACCUCUAAGAAGUACGACCCGAAGGUGGGAACCCUAGUCUGCAGUGAUACCUCGAAAUGCCACAAUAUUCAGGCACACAACAUCAGUGUGUCUCCUCCGAGUGGAAAGACGGCCACUUGGGUCUGUACCAAUCUGGACAACUCUCUUCUUGACAUCAACUGCAUCUAA